AUGACGAAAAAGGAGGGAACAAGAAAGGAACGCCAGGAGCAGGAGGUGCUUGAGCAGCUGGACGGCGAGGACGUGCACCAGCCCUAUGCCUUUCUGCGCGGUGAGUGUGGGCGGCGCUUCGUGUGCACGGGGCAGCCCAUCCACUUGGCGGCCGGCCGUGGCCUUGACUCCAUGGUUUCCCUGUUGCUGGAACACCGGGCAGACAUUGACAGCACAGUGCAGGAGGGCUGUCACAGCGGCAAGAGCGUGCUGCAUGUGGCGGUGUACGGCGAGGGCAGGGGUGGCAGGUGCAGCACGUUGGAGCUGCUGUGCCAACGCGGGGCGGACCUCUCCAAAUGCACCAGCGAUGGUCUGACCUCGCUGCAUUUGGCCUUCCAAACGGGAAACGUGGACACGGUGCGCUUCGUGCGGUCCCACGUGGCCUUGGAGGACAUCACCGGGUCCAAUGCCUCGGGGUACACUCCGCUGGAGAUGGGCAUCAAGUUCGGGCGCAUGGGCCAGGAGCAGCUGGUGCGCGCGGCCGCGGUGAACUUGUCCAGUCUGAAGACCUUCAUCUACCACGCCGCCGAGUGCAUCCCCAUGUUCUUGAGCGCCUCCUGGGCCGUGUGGAGUGCGGAGAUCGGGAUGCAGCUGAAGCAGAAGGACGUGGUGCAUUUGCUGACCUCGCACUCAGAGGCAGCCGCGGCGGUCCUGGACAAGUUCACCUACCCCGUGCACAUCACCAUGGAAGAAUGGCACGACCAGCGGUCCCAUGUUCUGCAGGACAUGGAGUCGCAUGCGUUUCACGGCCGCGACACCUUCAGCGCCUUCUACGCCAAGGACAUGGAGUGGAGCGAGUGGCAUGACGAGCUGCAGACCUUCAGAGAGCCGCCCCACGUGCUGAAGUGCCACAUCCCCGGCCUCAUCUCUCCGACCUUCUUCAGUGCCCUGAAGGCCUGCGGUAACCUGGACAUCUUCGGCAACGUCACGGUGCGCGCGGCCAUCAGCUACGUCUUCUGGCAUGGAUCCAUCUGGGUGGACGUGGCACAGUUCAUCGUGAGCUUCUGGGGCCUCAUGCUGCUCAUGAUCGAGGGCCGGAUCGUGCACGAAGCAGCCAUCACCGAGAUGAGUGGAGCUGGCCACACGGAUUUUGACCACGCCAUGGAUGGGGUCUUCUCUCCCAGCUUCGGGCCGGAGCGGUACAAGUACGGCGUGGUGGCCGACUGGAUCAUCGCCAAGGGCUUUGUGGAUUUGUUGCUGGAGUUUUCGCAGUUCUUCGGAAGCUGGAAGAUGGGCGACCUGUCUGCCUACUCCAACCUGGGAAACCUUUGGGAUCUCUUCCGCAGUUUGGUGCCACUCAUGCUGUUGUGCUUCAGCACGUCUCGCAUCAUCCAUCUUCUCAUCGUGCUCAUCUACUGGACGCGACUCCUGGAGGGCAUCACAUACUGGAAGCCCAUGGGCUUGGCCCUGCUGCCGCUGUCCAAGCUGGCCGGGGGCCUGAUGCCCCCGAUCAUUCUGAUGCUCUUCGGGUUCUUUGCACUGACCCACGCCAUGUACACCAUCCAGCUGAGUCCCAAGUUCUGGCCGGACACCUUGUGGGACUCCUUCAGCCUGCUCAUCACCCAGGGCCUGCCGGAGGCUCAGCCAGAGGACAUUCUCGAGCUGGUGUUGCUCUACGGGGGGGUCUUGUUCUUCUCGGUGUUCAUGCUGAACAUCUUCAUCGGCGUGAUCAGCGAGCAGUACACCCAGGAGAAGGAGCAGGCCCUGGCGAUGUUCGAGGCCGCGCGCGCCUCCAGCUGCCAGACGUUUCUGGUGCGCGCCUCGCUGCUGCCGCAGCUGGGGCGCCUCUGUGGGCGCUGGACGGCGGUGGCCGUGUCUCUGACCUGCGCCCUGGGGGCCCUGCUGCUGCAGGCGCUGGCGCUGGGCCACGUGUUCCAACUGCCGGGGGUGUGGCAGCUGUGCGCCUUCCUCACCUGCCAGCUGGUGAUUUUGCUGUCCACCGCCCAGUGCAAGGGCUCCAGCUUCCCCUGGAUCGACACCUUCGAAACGGACCGCCAGCUCUGGAUCUGCCGCAGCCCCAUAGCCAACCGGGUGGGGGACUCCAAGAUGGACAAGGAAGCAGACAAGCUGGAGGCGGAGAAGUUGGAGAAGCUGGAGAUGCUGGAGAGGAAGGAGAGGAACCAGAGGAGGAAGGAGAGGAGGACAGAGAUCGAGGCCCUGGCCAGCUCGGAGUUCAAGAGCCUCCUGCGUCUCACGCUCCGCGAGACCUUGGAGGAGAUGUCUGAGCCGACGUCUGAGCCGAUUGAGGGAGCUCCCGCAGCCGCGGGCGGCGCGGGCGGCGCGGGCGACGCGGGCGGCGCGGGCGGCGCGGGCGGCGCGGGCGGCGCGCCCCGCGCGUUGCCAACGCUGCUCGGCGAGAGACGUUUCCACUUCCGACGCUCCAAAGAGAGUAAAGAGACCCGAGGGUAG